UUAGCCCACCAUAAGGAAGGCUGUACUUGCACGGGGUGGUCCACUGUCCACGGGCAGUCAUUUUCUUUUCGACCACUGCGCUCAGUGCACCGCCGGAGUUGUGUUUUGUGCAAGUACCUAAUUCCAAUAGAAUCAGGCUCUGCUGUCCUGACCAGCCUUCCUUGCCUCCCCUCUCCUCCAGAAUUCUGGUAACGAUCCAAUUGUGAAAAGAGAGAAAAGAAUUUGGCUUUUAACCAACGACCACCCGCGCGCAGUGUGUGAUAUAGUUAGAUAAUUCGUACGGGACUGGCAGGAACUAGCCCCGGACAGAAAAAAAAGUUAGGCUCAAAAGGUUCGACACCGUGUCGGAUUACGUAUACUCUGGACGUUUUUUGUUUUUUGUUUUAAUUUGGUUUGGGUCUUCGUGUGAAGGCCUUUAUCUGUCCGGUUUUCGCCUACUACAGAUCCUUACGAAGGUGUUGUAAUUUUUGCAAGAGUUACGUGUACAGUAGCCAGUGCAGGAGGUACACAAAAAACGGAUUGCCAAAACGAAGCAAGCACAGAAAGUAAGAGGUUACAGCAGAAAGAGAGAGAGAAAGAGAGAGGUAUAGCUUUACCACCACACCACCAAAGUAGAUUUGUCUGAAAGACAAGUUCAGUGGUGAUAGUAUUACAUAAACUGGUGCUCUAGACUGGAGCAGCAGUUAAUAACCUCAGUCAACAUUACGGAGACACACUUAGGCACCAUAGUAUUAGACUACACUAUACCGUAUUGAAAUAGUUAGACAUUGAAGUUGGAGGCGACCACUUCGAACUUCGCGCAUAGGAAAAUUCUAGAUUAAAUCCUCUUCAGCGGGUGAGGACCGCGUGACAAUACUGUAGUGAACAAUUGUUGUAAAAUUCGUAAGCAAGUCAUUCGGGACAUUCGGCAGAUUCUGGAAAACCCAACAAAGAGAAGCGUUUCGUGCUACAGAGAGUUCCAAUUUCCUGCGCCAUACAAAAUGCGUGACUAGACACAUACACACACACACACACACACAAAGAGAGUGUGAGGAACGGAAGACACAUCGUCGUUCUCAUUUCCGGGAAGUACGAGUACGAGCUAGCAGCAACAGUAACAACAGUAUUACAGUGGAGGCUUGUCCAGCACAACUGUCGUGAAAGCGAACGGCGGCAACUGUGCGUGUGAGUGUGUUGGGAAAGCUGCUCGGGAAGUAGCAGGUGUAUCUGCUCUGGUGCCAUCUUGUCGUGUGUCCACAGCACACCGCCGGAAAACUACUGCCGACCGAAGAAACGAACCACGGAACCAGCAAACACCGUUAGCAGUCCAAUGAAACCAAGUUUCAAGAACGGAAAGUUCGCCACAUCCAUCUACGAAAAAUGUCUCUGCCAAAAGAAUGGAAUCUCCAGACAUCGCAGGAGUGUCUUAAUCAGUACCUGCGCCCACAAAGCCUCUUUUCGGAGGAUAUCGAAAUACAGCCCCACGCGGACGAUAACCGGCUCCGGUUCGACGGCGUGUACCAUCCCUCCAUCCCGGAGCAGCGAUGCCGGGCGCCUCUCAAUGCUGCCCUGCUGGCCGAGUUCGAGAACAGUGGCUCCAUGUUCUCGAUCCAGUCCGCACCGGUCGUUACCGCUGCUGCAGUCUCGACCACGGCCGCACCGACGACGACGACCGUCACCGAAGGUCCGAGCCUGCUGCUCGAUGACUUUGGCAUCCCGACGCAACCGGUUGCAGGGACGACGACGACGACCAACGGCGCCGGCGAUGAACGCAGCGACACACUGCUCCGGCCUUCCUCACUGGCCCUCGAUACGCACUACAACCUGGCCAAGCCACACACUGCGGUGGAGCCCCAGCCUUCGACCGAGCUGGACGAAGACGACAACGAGAACCUGUUGACUGUCUCGAGCCUAACCGCGCGGCCGCUGAUAGCGAAAUCGCGUGAAAUCCGAAACAAAAAACAAAAGCUUCACAUCCAGAAGCAGCGGAAACCGGUAGCGUCCGAUACGAGCGAGGACGACGAUGACAGCCCACCGGACGGUGGGUACGGUUGGAUCAUCGUGUUCGGCGCCUUCUCCGUGCAGUUCUGGGUGGCCGGGCUGGUCAAAUCAUACGGCGUGCUGUACGUGGAGAUAAUGGAAAACUUUCCGAACGCGUCGGCCACGACCGCCUCCUGGAUACCGGCGAUACUGUCGGCACUGUGCCUGGUGCUGGCACCGCUCUCGAGCGCACUGUGCCAGCGGUUCUCGUGCCGGAUCGUGGUCAUCAUUGGUGGGGUGUUCUGCGGCCUCGGACUUACGCUGAGCUACUUUGCCACGAGCAUGUACCAUCUGCUGUUUACCUUUGGAAUAUUGACCGGUAUUGGCGGAGGACUUUCGACCACUCCUGGUAUCGUUAUCGUGUCGCAGUACUUUGAAAAGCAUCGCGCCCUAGCGAACGGGAUCACAAUUUCGGGAACGGCCGCCGGCAGCUUCGUCUUUCCGAUGCUGAUCGAAAGGUUGAUACAUCUGUUUGGAUUUCACGGUACACUGCUGAUACUGGGUGGAUGUAUGCUGCACGUAUGCGUUUCCGGUGCUCUUUACCGACCGGUUGAGAAGAAGCAAGACCUUGUCCCCUCGAAGGAAGGCACACAGUUCUCGUCCCGCAGCGAUUUCCGGGAAAACCUGGGCCACCUCAGCUCAUCCGAAGACCACCUGAGCAAGCGCUGCCUGGAGGAUCUGUUUCUGGACGAUCAGAACCGCAACAGCCUAACGAUCGACAGCAAGUUCGUCAACAUUACGGAAAAAACGCUCCAAGAAAGUGAAGACGAACUGAAAGAUAUCCUCUCGAGUGCAAUCUUUCUCAAGCCCAUUUCGUCGAUCCGUAGCUGCAGCAUACUGCACUCGGUCGAAGAUUUGAGCACCGAUUCGACGUGCGUCUAUAAGAACCGCGCCAGUGGCUAUGACUCGAAGCGGAACAGUAUGCGCUACAAGCAGCAGCAGCAGUUGCACCAGGCCCGACCUCAACAACCGCCACCGCCCCAAGCAACGGAUCAACCGGUUGGAUCACAGACGACACUGGGAAUGGCUGAAGGUGGUGGUGGUGGCGAGGCACCACUGUUGGGACCACUGCUGCUGGCACCGAACGAGCUGGACAAGCCGGUAUCAAAGGAUGUUCCGACGAAGACGCUCGCUGCUAAUGCUGGCCCGUUACCGACGGUGAUGAGCUCGAACAACAUGUGCGCGAUGGUACCGACGAAGGGACUGGCGCAGAACAACAAUCGUGGGCUGAGCAAGAGCAUGAUCAUACCGACACCGGUCUGCGAUCUGGACGAGAUCUUCGACGAGGACCCGUACACGGUGUACAACGCAACGUUGCUGGAAAAGAUUAGCCAGUAUCUGGACAUUACGCUCCUGCAGGACAUCACGUUCAUACUAAUGUGCCUCUCGGUAGCUUUAAUGUCGGUUGGAUGUCCGUACAUGCUUUACUAUCUGCCAGCGUACGUUAUUUCUGCCGGCUACACCAAAUCGGAGGCAGGAUAUUUGGUUGCUGUCAGUGCGGCCUUAGACUUGAUUGGACGACUUGCUCUGGGCUGGCUCUCGGAUUUGGAUCUGUUUGAUCGCAAGAAGGCUUACAUUGUCUGUAUUCUUGGUGCUGGAACGGCCGUACUUACCAUCCCGACGAGCAGCAACGCCUGGUUCGUGAUCGUGAUCAGUGCCGGAUGCUACGGGCUGUGCUUGGGCAGCUGGUACCUGCUGGUUCCGGUACUGCUGGCCGAUCUGUUCGGGACGGAACGGAUCAGCUCGAGCUAUGGAUUGGUUCGGAUGUUCCAAAGUAUUGGUGCAAUCUCGGUGCCACCACUAGCAGGUUUGCUGCGCGAUCUUUCCGGUGGGUAUGAGAUCUGCUUCUACUGCAUGGGGGUUUGUAUGGUGAUGGGUAGUGUGCCGCUGGUCGCCAUUAUACUGCGGGACUCGAUCGCACUCAAGGACAAACGGCUCCAGCUGGACCAGGCAGCAUAAGGUGGAAAUGGGUCGAGAUCUCUACGAUGGAUUGGAAGGACAGAGAAACACACUCACAAAACCCGUUCGGUGGUGCAUGAUGAGGAGAGCAAGUACAUCCAGGGACGGAGGGAAUUAGAACUGAACUGAACUGGCGACGACCUACAGAUAGUAACUAAGUAAUGCAUGCAUAUUAAUUCUAGUACGUAAGCAAUCUGAACCAAAACAACCAACCACAACCACAACACAGAAAAGAAGAACAAUAAAGGAAUAAAAGACGUAACAUGGUUUACAACUCAUGUAAACAUACAUCAA